AUGCGAUGGUCGGCGAUUGAUGAGCCUGUUCAGCCAAUGGCUCCAAUCGUACUGCCCGACUUCGAUCUCUUCAAAAUCACUGCUAAUCGCAAGGAAGAGCCAUACCCAGCCGGAAUGUGGGACGAAUUACAUGUGAUAAUUAUGUUUGAGCGAAGAUUUAUCUGGUAUUUUAUGCAAGCUUAUCUCCCUACAUAUCUCACAAUUUUUAUAAGCUGGGUGUCAUUCGCGUUGGGACCGCGAGCGAUUCCAGCACGUACUAUGCUCGGUGUCAACGCGCUGCUUGCGAUGAUAUUCCAAUUUGGAAACAUCAUGCGAAAUCUGCCGAGAGUAUCCUACAUAAAAGCUAUAGAUGUGUGGAUGCUUGUGUCGAUGACGUUCAUCUUCUGCAGUCUUCUUGAACUGGCCAUAGUGGGCUAUAAAGUUCGAGAUGAAAGCAAAGCUCCCAGCAAAGCAACAUCGAAAAAGUCAAAAGUA